UAUAGAAAAAGCGCACGCCCGGUACUCCUCCGGAAGGUUUCGAGGAUCUGAGGCAUCGUGUUCACUCCCAGUCAUACGUUGUACGCACGAGGAAUCGACCAGGAAGGAACGACGAUUCUUAAUUUAAACAUUUCAUCGAAUCAUACCCGUAACCGGUUAAAAUUAAACAAGCAUCCGUAAAGUGAAUUGUACUGUGUUCCUUACAAAAUUCCAGUAGAAUAAAAUUAAAAGAAAAUAAAUGAUUGUUCGUUAAAUACAAACUUAAUAAUGCACAUUAAAUUUAUACUUGCAAAAUAUUAAAAUACUUUUCACAAAGUGUUACGUACAUAGAUACUGAAAAUAUUCCAGAGAUCAAUUCUUGCCUCAAGAUAAAUAAUUAGGAGAGACAGUACCAAAGAAACAAAACGCAUUAUGUUCCCCAUACGAUACUUGAUGGCGAUAAUGGGUUCUAUCGGACUCGCCAUCAUCUACGGGUUCAAGGUAAACGUGAGCGUGGCUAUUGUAGCCAUGGUGAAUCAUACUGCAGUAAAAUUAUCAACAGUACAUAAAUUGGAAACGGAAAAUGCAACCAAAAUAAUUGCUGUGAACGAGUGUUACCAGGAUGGUUCCAAGGCGUCGAAAGCAAUCAUUGAAGAUGGCCCGUUCGUGUGGAACGAACCUUUGCAGGGUCUCAUUUUAUCAGCUUAUUUCUGGGGAUACAUGGUAUCUUUGCUCCCGGGUGGAAGAAUGUCCGAACUUUUAUCGGCGAAAUGGGUGAUGAACGUAUCGGUACUUUUAAACGUUAUAGCAUCCGUGUUAUCACCUGUUGCCGCGCAAACGCAUUACUCAGUUUUUAUCGUGAUGAGAUUCAUUCAAGGAAUCGGGGGUGGUGUAACAUUUCCGGCAAUGCACGUUAUGAUCGCUAAGUGGGCACCACCGAACGAAAGAAGCGUCAUCGCGUCGAUCGUAUAUGCAGGAACUGCGCUCGGCACCGUGAUCUCUAUUCUUUUAACGGGAUUAUUGGCUGCGAAUCUUGAAUGGGUAUGGAUAUUCUAUAUCGAAGGCGCGCUUUGUCUAAUUUGGUGCACAGCCUGGUGGCUGAUGAUCGCGGACAGUCCAGAAGAACAAACAAGGUUCAUUAGUCAAGAUGAGAAAAAUUAUAUCAUGGAAUCUUUGGGACAGAAUAAAAAUAAUAGCGAACAUAAAGUGAGAUUACCAGUUCCGUGGGGUGAAGUGUUACGAUCUAAACCAUUUAUGGCAAUUUUGAUCGCCCAUUUCUGCAGUAAUUUCGGGUGGUACAUGUUGCUUAUCGAGCUGCCUACUUUUAUGAAUCAAAUAUUGAAGUUCGAUAUGAGCUCCAAUGCCGGUCUUUCUUCUAUGCCAUUCUUAUGCAUGUGGUUUUUCACUAUGGUUCUCAGUAAGAUAUUAGCAGUCAUGCAGGACAAAGAACUGAUUACUGUAACUGUCUCAAGGAAAAUUGGAACAUUGUUUUCAUCUGCUGUCCCUAUGAUUUGUUUGAUAGGAGUAUCAUACGUCGGUUGCAACCGUUCACUAGCCGUUGCAUUAAUGACUAUUGGAGUAACUUGUAUUGGUGGGAUGUAUUGUGGAUUCUUAGCAAACCAUAUCGACAUCGCACCAAAUUUCGCUGGUACCCUUGUUGCCAUUACGAAUUGUGUUGCUACUAUACCUGGAUUUGUGGUACCGAUAUUUGUUGGAAAACUAACACAUGGAAAUCAAACUAUAGAAGCGUGGAGGAUUAUAUUUUUCGUAACCGUUGCCUUGUAUAUAGUGGAAAUGGUAGUUUAUACUAUUUUUGGAAGCGGAAAGGAACAGCCUUGGAACAAGCCUAAAACGCAUGAUGAAGAAGCGAGCGAUCAAACGUUACCGCUAAGAAAUGACUAAGAAAUGAACGGUUUAAUAACUUUUUU